CAUUUGUUGUGAGCAGAGUUGAAGUAAGAAAACAUCUGAAUUCUGCGUAAAGGAUAAAGGGAACAAUGAACUACAUUGUGUUGCUGGUGUUCAGCCUCGGGGUCUCUGCAGUAGAUUGUGCCGGCCUUCAUUCUCUACAGUACGACAUAGAACUGGUAUCAUUCUAUAAUCAUGAUGUGCCACAAUAUUCAAUCACUGCGUAUAUAGAUGGGUUGAAGUAUGGAAGAUACGACAGUGACACACGCCGGGGUCAGGUCUUGCUACCAUCAAUGAUUAUUCCAUCACUCAGUACCCAUGCUAAGCACCUGCUAAUGCAGAUAAAAUUUGCUCAGAGACAGGAGGCCAUUGAAAAACAUAAAAUGGAAUUUGUAAUGGGGUUUUUAAACAAGACAUUUGGUAAUAGAGACUUCCAUGUCUACCAGAGGAGGUUUGCCUGCAAGCUGAAUGAGGAUGGUACCAUUGGUGGAUAUGAGGAGAUUGCAUAUAAUGGCAAGGAGGUUAUGGUACAGGAUAAAGAGAGGGUGGUGUAUGUUCCUGCAACACAAGAGGCUCUGAUUAUGACCCAGCAAUGGAAUCAGCACUAUGAUUAUGCCAAGAUAAAUAAAUUAUACAUGGAGAAUGAUUGUAUCCAACACAUGAAGAUGUAUCUCCCUUAUGUAUCAACUGACUUGGAGAGGAAAGUUCUCCCUAAAGUGAAGAUUUCCAGCUUAGAAUUAGACAGGGGUAAAAAACUGCACUGCUGGGUGUAUGGGUUCUACCCCCGAGAUGUGGAAGUGAAGUGGAUAAAAAAUGGGAGAGAUGAGAUUUACUCAGAGGAAUCAGCAGAGAUCCUGCCAAACCCUGAUGGCACCUAUCAGAUCAGAGUCAGUGUGGAGGUAACACCAGAGGAGGGCGCCACUUACUCCUGCCAUGUGGAUCACAGCAGUUUGGAGAAGAUAUUGGUUUUUCCCUUUGAAUCGAAAUAUAGACGCAUGAUACAUAUCACAAUCCCCAUCACGGCUGUUUUCUUCGUCGCUCUUCUUGCUUUGGGAAUGUUGACAAUUAGAACGAGAAGGAAUAAUGGAUAAGAAAGCAGCCAACAAAAAGUUUACACUCAGAGGCGAGAAGUCAUGAGCCUUCCAAAUAACAUGAAAUAUUGGAAAUAUAUAAGAGCUGAUUUAUAAAUGCUGAUAUAGUCUGCAGUGUGUGUGUGAUAAUAAAUGAGAUGAAUUUAUGGUACAGGUAUCAGGAAUGCUUGCGGCACAGUGUUUUCUUGAAUUGUUUUGCCUCCAUUAAUUUUUCUUAGUUUGGCUGAAGUACAAUGAUUUACAUUGUGCAAGAAACAGUUUCUUUCCUGCAAGAGCAAGAGCAGCACCACCAAGGACUGUUGAUAAAAUAUGGGUCCACUUUAUUUCUGUUUUUUAUUUUUGUGUUUGUAUAUAUUUGAAAUAUAGGUUUGUACAUU